AUGAGGGCUCCUCCCAGCUUGCCAACUACGAGUGGCAGUGUGAGCCAACAACCGCUGGGUGCUCCUAUGGACCUUGGAGAUAUGGAGAAGAAAGUCUCCUUUGCCCCUGACAACUACGUCUUUGCCCCUAUGGAGGGGCUUGACCAAUUCAAAUUUACUGCCCUCAGCCCACGAAGUGUGUCGAGCUUCUUUACCUCUCAUACCUGGAGUCCUGCCAAACCCCAGUUGCGAAGCAACGCUGAAUCUCCCGCAACAGUGCGUUAUGUAACAAGAUCGCAAAAGAAUAUUUUGAAACCAGAGGUUGAGUCGAAUCUGCCUGAGGCACAAACUGAAGAUCCUGCUAGGCCUGCUUUUGAAGUGCCUGUGGAAAACACACCACAAGAAUCUUUUGGGUGUUCUCAACCUGACGGCAGUGGACCCGUACAUGAUGUGGCUUAUUUCAGAGGAGUCAUCACAUUGGAGACUGAGAAAUUGACUCUGCUUUGUCAGCAGUGGGAUGGAUGGGAAAACUCUGACGUGGUUCCAGAUAGUGUUAAGGACCUGCUUCGUACAACUGUGGGACAGGCACGUCUCCUUAUGGCUGAACGAUUCAAACAAUUCAGAGGUCUUGUCGACAACUGCGAGUUCAAGACUAGUGAAAAGGAAGUCACCUCUGCAGAUCUGGAAGGGUUUUGGGACAUGGUCUACUUCCAGGUUGAAAGUGUCAACAAUAAGUUUCAGAGAUUGAAAAAGAUUCAAGAAAAUAACUGGGAGGAGCCCUCAUUGCCCAAAAGAGUGGUCCAAGAAAAAGGCUGUCAGGUCAAAACCAGAGGAAGUAAUGAAACCAAGUGCAGCAGCAACGAGCCGCUUUGCAGCUAUGAAGGCAGCUCUGAAGGCCAAAAUGAAGCAGGAAAUUGCUGACUCCAGCAACAAAGAAGCUCAAAGUGAUGCCAUUGUGUUUGACGCAGGUUUCUUCAGAGUGGAG